UGAUGAAGAAAUCAGCUAAUUUUGCCCUUGACUCAGUCAGAGGGCUUGAUAUGUACCCAAAGACAAUCAAACUUACCUACAAAGGCAACGAAGAGUUCAAAACCCUACUUGGAGGAGUUGUAUCUCUGGGAAUCAAAGUGGUGAUCCUGAUCUACACAUGGACAAUGUUCAGCAUCAUGCUUUCAAACAAGAACAGUUCAAAGAGCAUAAAUACUUCUGUCAAAAAUCUUAGGCAAGACAAUGACAUAGUUGAGCUACAAAAUAGCACAUUUCAGUUUGCAGUAUCAGGGAUAUUCAAUGGCUCUGAGAUUGACAUUAUGGCUUAUCCAGAAGCAUUCGUACCUGAAGUCAGAAUUAUCACUAAAUUAGCUAAUGAAACAAGUUACAGAAAUGAGACCGUUCCUUUAGUCCAAUGUGGAGACAACUUCAAGUACGAUAACCAAACUGAGGUGAAAUAUCUUGGAAUUAAUGAAUACUACUGCCCUCAAAGUAGGGACUUCAAAAUGCAAGGGAAUGUGCUCUCAGAUGCAUACCAAUAUUUCGAGGUCAAUAUUAAUAGAUGAGAUAAUGCCACAAGUUCAGUGACAUGCUUCUCUUCAAUCCUUAUCAAUCAACAGAUUGAAGAACUUGAAAUUGGAGUCUACGUGGUUAACUCAUACUUUGACUUUGAUGACUAUAAUAGUCCAAUCAAGACCUACAUUGAUGACAGAUUCUUUUAUUAUGUCGUCCCAGAUAGAACAUUAACUUCAAAUGUAUAUGUCCAGAAAAAUGAGAUUGAGACUCAGGAUAACUAUUUUGCCUACAAGCCUGGAGGCAAGAAGAGUGACAUCUAUGAGAUCAGGAGAAUAGACAACAGACUCUCUGUUGAGGACACUGCUUCCAAUAACUUGUUGAACUUGAAAUUUAUUAAAGAUCCCUUCACACAGUCAUACGAUAGAGGAGUUAUCACCAUUUUGGAUGUCAUUGGGAACAUCGGAGGACUGAUGGGAAUAUUCGUUGUCGGAGGAGGGUUUAUCGUCAAUCUCUUCUCUGACAAGCUCUUCUUAUACUCGAUAUUCUCCAAUAUGUACAAAGUGCAAAAGCCUUCAAAUUCUUCGGCGAUAAAUGCAACUUUACUCAAGAUUAACCACUUUGGAAAUGAAGAGUUUGGAAAUAAGGAGUAUGCUUCAUCUGAAGAUCAUUCAGAAAGUUAUUCAAAGAAUGGCCUAGCUGAGAAAGCCAAACAAGCGAUGCUUAGACGAGCAAAAUAUGAUUGGAAACUAACUGAUCUUAUCUACAACACUCUCAGUGUCUUCUCAGUUGUGUUCCGUUGCUGUCUCAACAAGAAGAACCCCAUGAACAUCCACCAGAGACUGAAGCUGUUUGAGAUUGCAGAGCAGAAGUAUGUCAGAGAACUUGAUGCAGUUGAGUUUUCGAAGAACAUGCGCAACCUCAAUACAUUGGUGGCUUCACUACUUGACAAGAAGGAACAGCUGCUGGUGCAACACCAAAAGUCGAAUGUGCUCAUUUUAGAUGAAUCUGUAGAAAGUGAAGAAAAAUCAAUUACUGAUGUUCCUAAACUGUUUUCUAAGUCACCUUUAAUAGAUAAUUAUGCUAAAAGGACCGAUAAACUUAUGGAAAAAUUAAAACAAGAGACCUGGGAUCCAAAGAGAUACAGAUUAAUUAGAGGAGUGUACUCAUCAAGACUUAUGGAAUCCCGUGCAUCUUCACCUCUAGGUGAAGAUCAUCUCACUUUAUUCGAAAAGAGGUCUCACAACACUAGUACAAGAAACGAAAUUAAGGAGAUUGAAGAAAUGAAAGGAACAAACUCAUACUGCGCUGAAUAUACCUGAAAGACAUUCUGUGAAAAUUCAGGAUCUCAAGAUGUCAUCAGUUGAAUAUGAAGAUUUCUAAUUCAAUUCUUUUUGUUAUCUCGAGAAGUAGGGAAAGAUGUUUGAAAAAGAGCCUUUGAGAUAUAUAAGACUAAUUUUUAGUUUGGUCCAAAAAAGUAUAUUCAAUACAA